AUGUUGGCUCUUCGCGACCAGGAAAACCUGGUAAACACCCAUCAGACCGCCGCGGCAGCUAAGCCCUUGAACCACAAGCAGCUAGCACCCAAGACACCCGGCAAGCCACGGAACGACGAGAACAACCCGUUGGCAUUUGGAAAUCGCACCGUCAAGGGUAAUGGGAAUCGCCAGGAGAAUGGAAAACCAGCCAACAACGCGUUUAUGACUCCGAUGGUCAGAGAUCGCGCUCCUCUGGGCAUGAAGACGACCAAUCUCAAAGCCAACAACCUCCAGACGCCUGCGCCCUUUGGAGGAGCCACCAAGCAACCGAAGACAAACCGCAGACAGUCGACUGCCCAGAAGAUCAGAAAAGCUGCUCCAGUGACACAACAAGCUCAAACCAAAGUCCACGUUGACGCUGCGGAUGAUGUACCAGAUAUUGAAUACAUGCCGCCGAAGCCUAGAGACCUUCCGGACCUUCCAGACGAUGUGACGUAUGACACCACUUUUCCCCAAUUCCGACCGAAGAAUCGAGCCCUGGGUUUGGAGAGUGUCUACGGAAAGCAACAAGUUGGCAGUGAUGGACUCACAGCGAAACAGCGCAAGUUCAAGGAGGACUCGAAGGCGUGCGACAGGAUGGUCGAUGAUAUGAUCAUGAAACAACUUGAGGACAUUGGUUUUGAGAGUUCUGGUGAGAAUGAGUCCGCGCAGGCAUCUCAGCCAAAUGCCAUUCCCCAGAAGAAACCAACAACCACCAUGCGAAACACUCGUAGUGUCUCGACCAUCCGAGCUCGUGACGCUGUCGCUGCACUUAGCGGAUCACAGCCAACUGCUGCACCUCGAGUGGCUCCCACCCCAAAGCCACGGGUGGCGUCGUUGGCAUCGUCACUGGUCAUGCCCAGGAGGCACGCCAGGGUCCCGUCUAACCCCUCUUCCAUGCGCAAUACUGCUGCUUCUGUCAACUCUCGGACGACCGUCGGAUAUGCCAAGGGACGCAGUGUGUCAUCCACCUUGCGGGAGAAACAUUCCCAAACGCAGAGGCCCUCGAGCUCUCAGGUCCUGUCUCCUGAAACUUAUAUGCAGCUGUAUGGACCCCCUCCGCUGGACUCAGAAAUGUGGACUCGCUGCAAAGCUGCUGGAUGCUUUGAUGCCCCGGACGAGAUCACCCAGGAACCGGAAGAACCACUGCCCACGUUUGACGAAGAUGAUGAGGCCCAGAGCUUCCAGCUCACUCUGUAG